GCAACUGUCAAUACUGUGUUGAGGCGGUGAACGUUUACCAUGGAUAUCAAGGGAAUUACGUUUUCGCACGGAUUUUACUUUUCAGAGUGACAUAUUAUAACAGGUUCUGUUUUAUCGCCAGAAUGAUCAAGUAGCGUCUCUAGAAACAGGAACUACUGAACUAAACUGAUGUGAAAUGUUUUGGAGUGUACUGAGGCUGUUUUCUUCUACACAACUGUUUGAUGAUUUCAUUUGAAUGGGAGUCUAUACAUUAUGGAAUUUUACUUACAUCUACAUGAGACGUAGCAUAGCUAUUGUCAGGAAUGGUCUCCAAAGAAAACGUCCUCCAACGGAUUAACGUGGAGCUAGAAGAGGGAUGGGAAGCCAAAUUGAGCCCGGAGGGACGAAUUUUCUAUGUCAACCACAAGAACCAAAUAACCUCAUGGCUUCCCCCACGAGACAGCUGGGAUUCGGAUAUUGGCCUUCCGUAUGGCUGGGAAACUGGGAUAGAUAAGAACGACAAACCCUACUAUAUCAACCAUGUUGAGAAGUACACAACACGUGAGGACCCACGCCAUGACCCCGACUAUGUGGAGCCCCCGAAACCCAGGGACGUGGAGCUCAUUCGGGACCCAGACAAGGGCUUUGGAUUUGUCGCCGGCAGUGAGAAACCUGUGGUUGUGCGAUUUGUCACUGAUGGUGGGCCCAGUGUGGACAAGCUGUUGUCAGGAGAUCAGAUCCUCAAAAUCAACGGGGAAGAUGUGCGAAAGGCACCCCGGGAGAAAGUCAUAGAACUCGUCAGAGCAUGCAAACACUCCAUUAUACUGACAGUGUGUCAGCCAUACGCAGACAAUUCCUCCAGAAGGUCGGCUCUGCUUACCGCUGCUAAGAAGGCCAAGUUAAAAAACAACCCGUCACGAGUGCGCUUCGCUGACUCCGUCAUGGUGAACGGUGCACCAGUGCUCACGCGGUCUAUCCAAGAGAGUUAUGUGCCUUUUAUGCCCAACGUCCUCAAAGUUUUCCUUGAGAAUGGCCAAACCAAGUCUUUCAAGUAUGACAACAAAACAACGGUCAAGGAUGUGAUGGACUCCUUAAAGGAGAAGCUCAAUCUCAAGUGCAUCCAGCAUUUCAACGUGGUCCUGCAGAACAUGAAAAACAACACGGCUGGCAAGAUGACCCUGUUGGAGGAACAUGAAACACUGGCAGAGAUUGCUGCAAGACCUGGGGCUCGUCACUUUCGAUGUCUGUUUCGUGUAACAUAUGUUCCACGGGAUGCCUAUGAUUUGCUGAAGGAAGAUGCUAUUUCCUUUGAAUAUUUCUAUCUUCAAUGCUGCAAUGACGUUGUCCAGGAGAGGUUCGCGUCUGAGCUGAAGUUCGACACGGCGCUGAGGCUGGCCGCCCUACAGAUGCAGCAACACGCCAUGAGCAACAACCUGUCUGGCAAGAUCUCCAUCAAGACCAUCGAGAAGAACUGUGGUCUAGAGAAGUUUGUUCCCCACAGUCUGCUGGAGAACAUGAAGGGCAAGGAGCUGCGCAAGAUGCUCGGGCAGUACAUGAAGAUGAACCAGAACCUGACUGCCCCCGGACAGAAGCAGCUCUCUGCCCUGCAGGCCAAGCUGCACUACAUGAAGAUAGUCAGCGAGCUGAAGACGUUCGGUAGUCGAGUCUUCAUGGUCACACUCCUGGAUAAGAAAACUGAAGCCAUGGUUCUGGUUGGUCCUAAAUCGGGAGUUAGUGUGGUGACUAACAUCAAGUCAUAUACAUUAACCCAACUGACAGAUUUUGAACACAUAGAAGCCAUCAAGGUGACCAAGGAAGGAGAGAAUAUGCAUAGAGUUGAUAUGAAGGUCAAGGGUCAACAUGAGGACAUCUCUCUGGGCUUACUAACGGAAGAUGCCCAGAACUUUGUGUGUAUGUGUGAGGGCUAUUACCACAUCUUUGUGGACAGUGACAAACGCAUCGUGGAGAGAACGCUCGGCAAAUACACCUCUGAUCCAGAUGUACCUCCAUAUGCGAGUAAGCACCGUGUGUUGGCCGCCCCGUGGACGUACCCCGACGACCUCGUGUCUGAGAUAAUAGAGCCUGACAGUGGAGAGGAGAACGGGCAGGUCUCCGAGGAUGAGAAACUGAUUGACCUGGCUCAGCCUCCGCCCACGUACAUCGAAAACAAGGACUACCUAGUCGAUGUGAAACACGAUCUGUCAACAACACAACAAACAGCCAAUGAAGCCAGUGAAACAAUCAGCCUCGUUAAACCCGUUGAAAAUGGCCAUUCGGAAGUUGCCUCCUCAAAUCUUCCAUUGCUAAAUGGCAGCAUUUAUGAAGAGGAAGUGACAUCAUUUGGUGUGACAACAUUAGCCCAGAAACAUGAACCUGACAAAGAUUCAAGUGUGUCAGGCAGUUCUGACGCCAUAAGAAAGUCGUUUCGGACGUUACUGGAUGUUUCUAGUCACAGUGGUUCGUUAUAUGUUACCAAACAUCAAGACAAACCGACAGAACCGAGUCGGACGGACGAAGUGCCCUCAGACACUGACAGUGGGUCGGGUACAGACAUUGAACGCAAGCCACUGCUGGCCCCGUCUGCUACCUUGGUGAACGGUGAUUCUCACGCCAGUUAUGACAUUGAGAGCAGCGACACAGACAGCUGGGGUACGCCAAACAGUAGUCCGGCCAAAACAAGACUAGGCAAAGAAAGUUCAGGAUUUCAGAGUUUUGGACUACACAGUCCCGACUUCAGUGGCUCCUCGUCUGAUCUGCAGCACAUAGCAGAGAGCUUUGGUCUGCACAGUCCAGAUGAAAUCCCACCAGACCUGUGCAUGUCCCUCACAAAUCCAACACAGCUCAACACGAAAGGGAUUUACCUCGACCCAGAUAUUAUUGAUUUAACCUUGUAUCCACCGCCAAUGACCCCAGAUGACGGCAAAAUGAUUGACUUCACGGACAUUUCCAAUGUCUCCCCUCCUACCUUCACCUCACCACCCCCCCACAGUUCACCCUUCAAAUCUACCUCACUUAGUGGUAGUCCUGUACAUAGUAAAAUAGUGCCAGUUAAGCCUGCACUUCAUGGUAGUCCAGUAAAUGCAAGACAGCUUCUGAGAUCUUCCAACACCAUGACGCCCAGUCUAAGACAUAGUGGUGGAGAUCCUAGUGUUGUUCAUUCUGGCAUGCCACACUCCAAGUCACAGACUGUUGUCGAUGCAGCACAGUUCCGACCAUCCCAUGAUGCCUUGGCUGAGUCUGCCAGUGUAGAGCAUUGCCCAGACUUCUUUGACAACGACAUUGAUGAACUCAUUGCCAGGUUUGUUGUACCGCCGCCACCACCGUCAAACUCUACAGCACAUGGUAUGGAGGAUGACGGGGAAUCCACUAGAAAACUGUUUCAGAACCUGGAAGAUGAAUUCACAGCUCUCAUAAUACCUCCGCCUCCAGAUAGUGAAUCUCCCACCGAAGACGAUAUUAGAGUUGUUCUCCCUGUCCAUAACGAUACCGUUGUGAAUGACCAUAAGGACAAGGAUGUUUCGCAAAUCAAAACCAAGAAAUUCCGCCAUAAACGAUCUGCAUCCGUUGAUAUUAAUUCGUUACGGUUAGCGAAGGAGCUUGUGAAUGGUGACCACACCGGUUCGCUAGACUCUAAACAGAGAGGUGGUGGGGAACAGGUCAUUCAGAGACAGUUCGAUCCUCCGAAUUCCCUCUGCCGUCUGCAGUCAGAUCCAGGCAGACCAGAACAGUCGGGACUUCCGGCAGAAUCUCCCGCCACGGUGUCCGAGAGGCUGAACAGUCUGCUUCGAUCAUUACCAAACUUCUGCUCCAUGGCCGAGGUGGUGAAAGAACCCUUUGUGAGGACGGGCUCCCUCCGACUGAAAUCAGCAUCAUCAUCGAAAGAUGUUGUCGCGGGAUCUAGUCCUUCUGCUGCUGUGCCUGUUGAUGUCGUCAGUGGCUUCUGUUCAUUGAGGGCUCGGCCGAGCAAGCGAAGUAGUAGUUUUGAGAGAUUCAAUACGGGUGACUUGAAUAGUGAUAUUGUAGCAAGCAAUCAAAAAGACAUACCCCGGGCUCAGUCCUUUGACAGUGUGCAGCAGUCAUCGGAUCAGUCGGAAAUGAAGGAAAUCACACAUGCGGAUAGCUUCGCGUCGCUGAAGGAGAAGCUGAGAGAAUACCGAGACUUGUUGUUAAGUAGGUCAAACAGUGUUAGGAGAUCUAGGCUGGGCAGUCCCAGUUCUAGCAACACGGAGGCUCAGCAAAACGAUGGGUCCUUGCAUCGGCGAAAUUCGUUUUCGGAUCUUUUAGAAAAGUUCAGGACACGUCAUUCUAAUGAUAGGAAAAAGUCAGAAAAUUUUGAAAAAUUAAAAGACAUGUUUUCAGAAAAUGGUGCACAGUCGGGUGAAGGGUCCAAAGGUGAUAAGAAAACAUUCCUGAUGUACAAUUCAUUACAAGUGCCAAGAACAACACUUAGACCUUCGUCACAACAGGAUCCUGUCUCUAGUUUACCUGACACUAAGUCAGAGGAGAUAACUCUGGAUGGUGGUCCUGUGAGCGGGGUUGAUCUGUCAAGUAAGUCCAAAAAGAGUGGUCCACUGAAGGCUCUGUCUUCUGUGUUUGCAACUGAAGAGAAGAGUGCUACAAAGGGAAGCUACUGUCUGAAGGAGAACUACACACCCAAAGCAGAGGAGAAACCUAAGCACAGAAAGAAAAAUCGCAGCAAAGAUGACAUCGCAAUGCUAUCCAAGCGUGACAAAGUGAAGGCAAAUCCAUACGCAACGAUCAAGAUGUGGCGCCCAAUUACCAUGACGACGAGUGUUUCACAGGACGAGGAUGUGUAUAGGAACUUUUCCAACUUUGACAGUCUCAGGGAGAUGUCCCUGGUGCAGGCUAGUCCACCAACAAGAGACAGAAUUCAGCCUGUAGAUGGUUCAAAUCACAUCGGUCUGACAUCGGACUUGGCAAGACACAGUCAUCUGGAAAUGUCUGAUACAGGCUCUGCUUCAGUUCCACCCAAAAGUCCAUCUCCUGCACUCAGUGGGUCUCCAUCGAAAUUGGGAGACUACAGAACUAUUAAUGGAAGUAUUCCUUCAGCUGAUCCAGUGGCUCCUCCUAGGACAAGGAAAGGAUCCGUUGUGGACAGUAGCUACUCGGUUGUGAGUGACACAGUGGUGGACUCUGUCAAGUACGUCUUGUCAAAGAAAUACGGUAUUGACGACUUUGAAUCGGCAUCGAAGGACGUCGAAAGACUUCUCGACGACAUCAAAAUCACCAUGGAGUCGCUGCGGACUUCACGGAUCGACCGUAAGCUGAGGCAGUUUGAGAUCUGCAAGGAGGAGCUGAUGAACCAGACCAAGCUAUUCGUCAACGAUGCCAAGAUGCUCGUGAGCAGUGCUACUCAGACUCGUGAUGAGCUCGCUGCGAACCUGCACCGCGGGAUCCACUCACUCGCCAAGAUCUUCCUGCACUCGCAGGCCGUCAUGCUGAUGAUGGAGUCGCAGCACCUCGGCCAGCACCUUGGCGCCGAGGUGAUCAAGGUCUCCAACGCCUUCAGGAGCACGGUCAGUGCCUCCAACGCAGCUGUGGGCAAACCGCUGCACGACCCACACAUGAAGUACUUGAUGCGCCAGGCCACCAACCUGGCAUCUCUACUCAGCAUGUUGAUAAAGACUCUGAAGACGUUAGAGAGCAAGUGAUCCAUACUUAAUUAAAUAAUAAUCAAAUAAUCUGCAUAAGCUCAUCUACAUAUUAAUUAGGCUAUCUGCAUAAUGAGCUGUUGGACUGUGAUAUAUCUUUAUUUAAGCCGAGCAUUGGUUGUUCUUUAUCUUUCUUCUUAAGGGUAAUUGGUAUAAUUGGGGGUUUUAUGUUUUAGUUGCAUAUAUGUAAUUACUGUUUGAUUUCAUUACAUACUGGAGUGAGAAGCGGCUCAGAGGUAGAAUGCCUCAGAAUCUUAGGAUCAGUCCCCCUCAGUAGAUCCAUGUGGUUAUUUCCCAUUCCAAUCACAGAAUGGGUCCAUGGAGGGUCUUCGAUCUUUUGAUCCAAUCACCUCAGUCGAGUGCUCUACUAACAGAGCUAGAGCCCACCUUAAUAUCUUGUCAUGUUACUGUACAAACAUUCCAAGAGAUGGUUGUCCAGACUACUUACCACUGCAGGUCCAUAGCUAGGAUUGUUUGUUUGGAGGAGGGGGUGGGGCAACUGAGUAGUUAAUAGUCUAAAACUCCUUAAAUGUUUAAGAAGAGAAUUAUCUUUAAGUUUCUAUAAUUGUUUCCAGAUUUUUUUUGGGGUGGGGGGGGUGGGGGUGGGGAGCAACUGCCCCCCUUGCCAUCCCCUGCUAGCUAUGGCCCUGCACUGUUGCUGAUUUUAAAAUGGUGGAACCAAAGAUCAAUUGUUUUUUAAUCCUUCAGAUAAAUAAAUGUACAAACUGUAUUUGUGACUAUUUUUUUAAAUAUUUAAAUACAGUAAAAAUCACACAAGUCAUAUUACGAACAUAGAAGCCAAUCUGUAUUUGAUAUAGCCCCAGAUACAGGCAAAGAUGAACUCGAGCAUUAGUUUUUAACUUUGCAAUAAAAAUCCACAUUUCUACCAACAAAUUUCACUAAUGGACCAAGUAAUAUCUAAAAGUUAUGCUUUGGGGUGGGAGAAGGGUAUAGGGUUGGAAGAGAACUAGAAUGACUGAGAAUUUUAGAGAUAUCUGAAAAUGUAUUUUUAUGCAUUUUGAGAUGACCUUCAACAAAAUAUUUGUCAGUCAAGUGUUGAUUAAUAUUGAAGCACUUUUGAAGCACACUAAAGCAAAAUUUUAAACUUUUGUAAUUAGUGAUUAAUCCUAGACACAGUGCUGUGUAUACACAGUUUUUUGUCUCUACAAUCUUCAGACAUUUUAAUAUUAAUUGCAAUAAAUGGAUUGCUACAGAUUGGACAAAAAAGAAAUUCUGAUAUGAAAUGGCAGUUUUUUCGUCAUCUUGUAUGGGUAAUGCACUGCCAAUGCUCAGCUUGGUGAGAUGAUGAUAUGUGUAUGUAUAUCUUACUAUAUACUAAUAUAUUCCUAAGCAAUGUAACCACGAUUUGUUCAUCUAUUAAUAUUGUUAUUACAUAAUCAUAAACUACACUUUGUUCAUUUAUUAAAUAUUUUUGUAGCCAUUAUCAUGAACUAUAAUUACUUCAUGUGUUCACUAUUUUCAUUAGUACAUUAUUAUGAACUAUGACUUGUUCAGGUGUUUUUCAUUGUUUUUGUUACAAAGUGACCAUGUCUCACUGAAUUUACUAACCUACCUGUACAUGUAUAUCUCUGACUUUCUUGAAGCUGAAACCACAAAAGAGCUCAAAAACAUUGUGUACCAAAUAUGAAUGCCAUGCACUGAGGCUGUCUUUUUCUUAAAUGGUACAUAAUUGCAAUUUGAAAGACAUGGAUCUAAGAAAUCCACAUACAGCUUGUGUUAAGUUGCUUCUCUACCUGGCUCACUGGGUGUGUGUGGGUGGGUCCGGGGGAUGGAGAGUGUAUGACCACUACAUCAACUUCUCUUUCUUUUGCUAACCACAAAUACACUGUCCUGGGCCCUGUUCCAUAAAGCGAUCUUAGCGCUAAGAUUACCUUAAUUGUAUAUGUUAGAUGUGCAGUUACGGUGAUCUUAGGGCUAAGAUCGCUUCGUGGAACGGGGUCCUGGACAGACAGCCCAGAUAGCUGACGUGUGCACAGGACAGUGCGCUUGAACCUUAAUUAGAUAUAAGCAAGAAACAAUAAGUUGAAGUGAAUGAACCUGUCUGAUGUGUAUCUUGUACUUGAUAAUUCCACAGCAUUAUAUACAUGAUUACAUUAGCAUGUGUUAUUUAUGAAAUUAAAUUUAUGAACUAACCAAAACAUUUCUCAGAUACAUUUCUUAAAUAUACUGUAAUGUAAUAAUUUAUUUAUUACUGGUAUCGACAUACAGAUGUGCAUAUAAUAAUAUAGAAAAUGUACAGACAUGGAGGUUGUCUUUUUUACUAACAAAAUCCUAAAGAGUCCAUAGAGAUGUGAUGUGAUGUCAUUGCUACAUUUGAAAUAUUUAUAGCAUGUGAUACUUGUAAUGCAAUCCUGUUUAAACCGAACCUUGAACAAACCGGAAUUCUGUCAAAACUGGCCAAGUUUCAUUGUCCCGAAUUUUGUAAGUUCUAAAACAUGACCCUCUAAAGACCAGAUCUUGCCUAAAUUGGAUAAACAUUAGGUGCCAGGCAAUUUAGAAAGGUUUUACUGUACUAUAACUAUUUUAAAGCACAUAAUAAUAAACUAUAUUCACACCAAGAUUUCUACACGAACCAGUCUUAUAUAACAGAUUCAGUGCCGAAGUUCAUGGUAGGUAUGUAAAUUCCUCACUACAUGAGCAACAAUUACUGUCAGCCAAGUGAUGUCUAAUGCUGAUUUUUUUUGUCAACAGACUCGCAUAGACACAUUAUUUUCCCUCAACAGAAUCACACAGACACAUUAUUUUCCCUCAUCAGAUUCCAAUGAAAACAUUUGAACAUUAUAAUCAUGAAAAGCAAGACGUUUGAUGACAUGUACAUGUUGUAUUCGGAACUCGGUUCCUGAAUGUUUCGGAGAGAACAUGCUCCCGUUCUCAAAUCACACAUUACCUCACAAAGUGAUUUGAUGAGAACACGUUCUUGGCUAUUUGCGAAUGCAGAUUUAAAUAUAGGGGCAUUUCCACCAAAUAUAAAAAACACAUGCAAAAUAGAAUAUAAACAGCUUUGUUUUUGCAUUUCAUGUGCCACACAUACAGACUGAAUACUGUCACUUUUGUAUUGUUUAUUCUGGUUGAAAUAUAUUUUUGAGACUGAAAACAUGUAAGAAAAGGCAUAUGUCUGUGUGAACUAUAUUGGGGUUUUGAUGGAAACCAUGCCUCAGUCUUUACAGUUUAUUUCCAUGUGUUCUGUACAAAAAUUCUGAAAAUGAAAUGUUUUAUGAUUAAUGAUAGGAAAAUACAUAUAAAAUAACUUCCCAUUGUGACACUUUAAAAUCAUCUCUAUAUACUCUUCCACAUUUUACAUACAUCACUAGCAGUUUACAACAUACGGAUAUUAACGAGAUUGGUGCAGUGGAACAGGUUCAGGCAGUUGAAAGCUAUUGCUGGGAACUCUUGUUAAAGCAUUUUGCCUUAUCCAAGUUUCAUCUUCAUUAAAAAUAACAUUGUGUUACUACCUUUCUGGAACAUAAUUAUGCUAUUAAUAUAUCUUCAUAUCAUCAGCCAUAUACUAAUCAGUGAACAUCUCGACCAUGUUAUUAAUCUGUCAUCUUUAAUUCCUGUGCUUGUUCUUUGUAAUCUUGUUUAAUUUGUAUUCCAUGCAGUGUUGAAGUGUUUUGACAUCAAACUUUCAUUCAUUCCAUUUCAUUUCAUUUAUUUUAUAUUUUAUUCAAAUUAAUUCCUUGUUUUACAAAAGUGUGUUGCAAGUGCUAAGUUAAACAGCAAUCAUAAUUCAAAGAAGACUGAAAAGGUUGUGGUGUUGUUAACUUGAAAGCAUAUCAUUGUUAACAAAAAUAUUUUUGUGUGUGCAUUUGUUAAGAUAUUUUCAGAUUUUUUAAAUAUUAUAUCAGUAAAAUUGCUUCAGAAUUAUUUGCUCACUUAUGUAUAAAUAACAGUAUACAGUCAUACUGUGUGUCUGUUUUGCCUGUGUUAAUAAAACAAUGAAGAACGUGGUCACAACUACCAUAAAAAGAUACCAGUAACAAUCAUUGGAAAUUGUUCCUGUGUGCUGUGCAUUCAUUGAUCAUAUUGUUCAAGUUUCAAAGGGAGAAAACUAUUGUUUAUCUCAGUUUAACACAACUUGCAUUUUUUCAAUUGAGCUUUUUCACAAUUAAUGUCCUUUCAAUAAUUAAUGCUAACACAUAAUUUAUUCAGUAAAAUAACUAAUAACUAAAAUAUAUUACAAAGGUAAGUUGCAGUUAAUACUAUGUAUUUAUGUGCAGUUUUCUUUUCUAAACAAGUUGUAAGAUAAAUGAUAUCUUAACGGACAUGAAUGUAGUCUAUUCUGUUUCUUACAUAUUCUCAAAAACCAAAAUAAAUUUAAACAUCUUUUCCAACUACAAUUUAAUUAUGGCCGUAGCACUCGUAGUUAACUUAUGCCAAGUUCAGACUACCAACUGCCAGCACAAAGUUGGCCAACUGUUCUCACAACUUCUACAACUGUCCAGUUGCUAGUCUGAGCUUUCUUACAACUCCAUUGUCAUUGUAUAACCCAUUAGUUGUUAAUCAGAACACACUCAUCGUAAAUUGGGAUUUGUGGAAAUUACAAACCAACUGGUGAAUUAGCCAACUUCAUUGUAACAGUUGACAGUCUUCGCCUAGCAUCAUUCAUCACAGAGCAAUCAGUUUUAGGUUAACAUACAUCACAAUGCAAUCAAUUUUGACCAUACUUUUUUUCAUUGGAUGGUACAUGUGUAUGGCUGUGAUGACUGGGUCAUGACCUAACAGCAGCCAAUCAUAUGUGUUUAAAUUGAUAUCACACAUGUGUUAUUGAUGUGUCUUAUCAUAAUUAACAAAUGAUGUUUUCACCAACGGAUGUGUAAGAAAACACUUAGGCUAAUUGUUAUUGGGUAUUCAAUUUUUUGGUAAUUAUUAUUUUCGUGUGUGUUUGUACAAAUACAGUACAUUUAAUCACAAAAUACUGCAAGGCUAAUUGUUGUUGGGUAUUCAGUUUUUUUUGUAAUUAUUAUUUUUGUGUGUGUUUGUACAAAUACAGUACAUUUAAUCACAAAAUACUGCAACUACAUAUUUACCUUCUGUUUAUUUUAUCGUUUUUUGACAAAGUUAUGCUGUAAUAUCAUAACAACAAAUCUACAUAUCUAUUAUGUAUGUACCCAGUGUUAUAAUCAAACUAUCAUAAUAGUAAAUAUACCACAUAAUAAUACCGCUGAGUGAACUGUGUAUAUACUUUAAACCGGAUUAAUAUUAUGAUAUGUUUCCUUCACAAAGACGCACCUUAGGGCAUGUUCGUAACAUGUAAAUUUUGCAGACAAACAUUGAUAAGAUCUGCAAUGAAAAUAAUGCGUGUGUAUAAGUUUCACAAGGUCGGGCACGGAUAAUGUGACAAUUUAUACACAUGCAAUUUAUUUUCAGAGUUUACAUACAUACAGUAACACACUAAAGCUGUGUAGUUCUUUAUGUUUUAGAAAUCUCACUUGUCUGUAAAAUGUUUGUUAUAUAUGCACAUCUCCGUCCAAGGAUUAACUUUAAAAUCUGAAUUCACUGAAAUGAAUAACCACAAUUUACUACUACUGUUUCUAUAAUGUUUGAGAGCUAUUUCAGGCAUAAAUAUGUUGUGUGAGGUCGGGUUGGGUCAGGUGGCAUUGGAUUUGGCUAGUGGUCAGAUUUAGAAGCAUGUUUCCCAAUAUUUUCUUCUUACCAAAUUAGCCAUUUGAAUGUAGUGGAGUGGGUUGUCAUGAGGGGUAGAUUUCUUAGCCCCAUCCAUGUGAUCAUACCUGAAGCAACAAUUGGUUGGGGGAGGAGGGGUGGGGGGGGAAUCCUCAUUUUUUUCUUGUCUUUUUUUUGGGUACAUUAUUGUGAUAUUUCACUGAUUCAAUUUUUAAAAGAUCAUGCUACAACAAAUGGUGGGUGGUAUAUGGAGUGAUCAAUUUAACCUAUAGUGUGAAUUCCAUGCAACAUCUACAUGUAUUCCCUUUCAGACAUGUUUCAUCACAGCUGUUUGUUGCCUCAAGGUUAACUGUCUUAUAUAAAGAACAGACACAUGCAGAGCUGAUCAAAAAACCAAAUUAUAACAUGACUGGUUAGUUCGGGAAUUUUAUAUUUAAAUUUGUUUUUGCUUUUUUAAGGAUAAGGGAGAGUAAAUAUUAUCAAUAUUAGAACAUGCAUGUAGCAAGCAACAAAAUACAAUAUUAUGACUGCAUUGGCUUUUUAUUUUUGUUUUUAGUAAUCUACGCUGGAAUGAGGUCACAGCUUUUUUUAAUACAUGUAUAAAUAUAUGAGGGUUGUAGCUAUUUUUGGAGGAAGGGAGAAGGAAGGUGGUUUUUUGGGGGGUUUUUUAAUGUUUUUUUUAAGUGAAAUUGGGGUGCAGUUAACAUCUCACAUCUGAUGCACAUCAGCUUAAAUUCAUAAGCAGUAUACAUAGAAGAACUGGCUGUAAUAAGGCUAAUCUUGUUUGCUGUCAUACAUAUGCUAAAUUAGCAUGUUUUUUUAUGACAAAGUACAAGAGAAAAUGAAUGAACUGUCCCCUUUCACUAGCUGUGACAUGAGGAAAAGGAAGUGACAUUGUCGUGAAAAAUGGAAGAUGUGUAAUGUCAGUAAUAAUCUCAUUUAUGCAAUUAACCCUUAGACAGUAGCAAAAUAUUGUCCCGUGUACAGUAAAUAAUGAUAUAACACCCAUAUAUUUAGCUGGUUUAUGACACUAAUGAGUGUGUUAUAUAAAUACGGAGUGAUUGACUGGUGUGAUAUAUAUGUACUGGCAUUUGUAAGAGACUUUCACUCAUUAACUUACAAUUUAACAUCAGGCUGUUUCACAAUGUGAAUGUGUAAGUAUUUGCUCUGUAACUGUAGUAAGAAAUGUAAAUUCAUCUUUAGGAUUCUAAUUAAAUCAGAGGAAAAAAUACUAUUAAACUUAAGCCAAGAUUGUUACACGAGUACCAUAUGUGUGCCAUGCAAAAUUCAUGAAAUAUGGACUGUUGUUUUUUUUACUAUUCCCAACAAGUUGUAUAAAUUUCAUAUAGCACAGACAUGAGUAAGAUAAUGUUUUUAUUUUCAGAACAGACAUCAGGGAAAUUUUAUUUAAAAAAAAAAAAAUUGUGACUGCAAAAGCUUUCAAGCACUUUGAACAUGCAGAACCAAAUUUACAAUGCCUGUUUUUCUUAAGCACAAGUGUUAAGUAUUGUAAAUAUAUGUAGAUACACGUGUUUAAGACAGUAGCAGGCUUUGUAACUUUGGCUCUCAGUGUUUGUCAAUGAGCCUGUUUGUCAACUAUUGUUUUUAAAAGUGAGUGUCAGUUUCACCAGUACACAUCAAUGUUCUGCAGAUGUGUGGUAUACCAUCAAUGUUCCGCACAUGUGUUAUACCAUGUGUUUUAUAGGAUAGUUACCACACUUUUAUCUUGAUCCAUGUAGGUGAUAACUUAUAUAAAUGUAUUGUAUUGUCUUGCAAGUACCAGUAUGGCAUUUUCUUCUUGUCAGGGAUUAACUGAAUUGAACAUUGUUUAUCACUCACAGGUUUUGGUCACAGAAUUGAUGAGCUAAGCUAUGCAUCUGAUUUUGUCCAGGACAAAGAUUUAGUUUAUUACCAUGUAGACCAUCCAUUAAAAUAUUGUUUUGCUGUAAAUUGUUAUUAUCAGUAUUUUUGUCUUUUUUUUAUAUAUAGCUUUGAUAGUUUGAUUUCUCAUGAACUAUAAGUUAUAAAAUCCAGGACACUUGGGUCAUAGUUGCACCUAUAUAUCUAGGAACACAACAUUUAAUUUCCAAUUUAAAAACCCCAAAAAUAAAACAAAAAUGUAAAACUUUUUUUCUUUUUUUUAAACAUUGAAAAAAAGAAAGAAAUUGUAAUUGAAAGAGUAAUUGAUUACAGGACGUUUUAACAAAUUUAAUCAAAUUACAACAUAACAAUGUUUUAAGAGUAUGGUCUGAUUUCUGUUAUUUAUUGGACCUAAUAGUACUAUUGGGUUUCCAUGGGGUGGGCACCACCCAUCUCCACCCUCCCCACAAGUUAUGGUUCAGGAAUUAUUGGAACUCUUUGACAGGUUUAGAUGCAUGGCAGAGUGUAUUAUUUUCACACCAAAGCUGGUAACCUAUUCUUUUUUAAGAUAAUAACAUAUAAUAUAAUAUAUACACACAGAUAUGAUUUAUAUCUUGCUUGUUACUAUGUUGUAGUUAAAUUUCUUACUUUACUGUUAUGAAUUAAUGAAAGAGUAUAUUGAAAGGUUGUUGAAUGUGUUCUAGACCUAUUUACAAAUUUGUUAAAAUACUAUUUAUCAAGUAUCUUCAUCAAGAGAUUGCAGAAUGUGUUUUUAAUGUUGACAGUAUGUUGUACAACUCUCCAACAAAUCAGCAUUCCAAUAAUUAUUAUAAAUAG